CGACGACGCGCGCGACGGUCGCGCGCGUCGCGAACCGCGCGCGAGGGCACGCGGAGGCGCUGAGAGCCGAACGCGAGCGAACGGGCGCGCGAUACGGCGACGUCGGGACGCGACGCGCGGAAGCGCGGGACGGCGAUCGAGCGGGACGCCAUGGCGGACGCGCCGACGCCGACGAACGCGGAUCACGCGCGAGAGAAGUCGCCGUAUUACGCGCACCGGAUCGAUUUGUUCGAUAAGUAUCGCGCGCGGGAGCUGACGCGGAUCGAAGAGGCGAAGGCGCGGGGGGAAGGGAUUAAAGUGACCCUGCCGGACGGCGCGCAAAAGGAUGGGACGCGAUUCGCGACGACGCCGUUCGACAUCGCGUUGGGGAUACACAAGAAGCUGGCGCAGAGCGCGCUCGUGGCGAAGGUCGAUGGGGAGUUUUGGGACAUGCGACGACCGUUGGAGGGGGACUGCGCGCUGGCGUUGUUUACUUUCGACGACGAAGAGGGGAAGGAGUGUUAUUGGCACUCGAGCGCGCACGUCUUGGGGGAGGCGUUGGAGUUGGAGUACGGGGCGGAUUUGACCAUCGGACCGGCGAUCGAGGAGGGUUUCUACUACGAUUGCUACUUGGGCGAGCGCACGCUGACGCCGGAAGACACGGAAAUCAUCAAGGGGCGCAUGGAAAAGAUCAUCAAAGAAAAACAAGAAUUUCAACGCAUCGUCGUCAGCCGCGCCGAGGCGUUGGAGAUGUUCGAAGAGAACAAGUUCAAAAUUGAGUUGAUUUCCAACUUGCCCGAAGACGCGACGAUUUCGUGCUAUCGCUGCGGGCCGAUGGUGGAUCUGUGCCGCGGUCCGCACUUGCCGGACACCGCGUGGUUGAAGAGCGUCAGCGUGAACCAGUGCUCGCGAGCCCACUGGCGCGCGGACGUCACCAAGGACCCGCUCGUGCGCGUGUACGCCGUGACUUUCCCGAGCGACAAACUCAUGAAGGAAUACACCACGCGCAUCGAAGAAGCGAAGAAACGCGAUCACCGCACCAUUGGCUUGAACCAAGAGCUGUUCUUUUUCCACCAUCUCUCCCCGGGCUCGUGUUUUUUCCAAAAGCACGGCGCGCGCAUCUACAACAACUUGGUCCAAUUUAUUCGAGAAAAGUAUUGGGAAUACGAGUAUGACGAAGUCAUCACGCCGAAUAUUUACAACUUUGACCUCUGGAAGACGUCCGGUCACGCGGCGCACUACAAGGAAAACAUGUUCAGCUUCAACGUCGAAAAGGAAGAGUUUGGUCUGAAGCCGAUGAACUGCCCGGGUCACUGCGUCAUGUUCGCGCAUCGACACAGAACGUACCGUGAACUCCCCAUGCGUGUGGCUGAUUUCGGUGUGCUGCACCGAAACGAGUUCUCGGGUGCGCUUCACGGUUUAACGCGCGUUCGCCGCUUCCAGCAAGACGACGCGCACAUCUUCUGCCGUGAGGAUCAAAUGGAACAGGAGUUGAGCGGUUUCUUGCAGUUCUUAGAUGAUGUGUACGAAGUGUUUGGUCUCACGUACGAGAUGAAGCUAUCGACGCGUCCAGAGGGAUACUUGGGUGAGUUGGAGGUGUGGGACAAGGCGGAGGCGGCGCUCAAGUCUGCGUUGGACCGAAGCGGCAGAGAGUGGAAGCUGAACGAAGGUGACGGCGCCUUCUACGGUCCGAAGAUUGACAUCACUGUCUUCGAUGCGCUCAAGCGUCGCUUCCAGUGUGCGACGGUCCAGCUCGACUUUCAGCUUCCGAUUCGAUUUGACCUGUCGUACGUCGACGAAAACAACUCGUCGGUGAGGCCGAUCAUCAUUCACAGAGCUAUCCUCGGUUCUGUCGAGCGUAUGUUCGCGAUUUUGACCGAGCACUUUGCGGGUAAGUGGCCGUAUUGGUUGUCGCCAAAACAAGUCAUGAUUGUGCCGAUCUCUGAAGCCUCGAGAGACUACUGCUACGAGGUCAAGCGCCAACUCCGCAAGGCCGGUCAUUUCGCGGAAGUCGACGUCACGGAUCGUAAGAUGCAAAAGAAGGUUCGCGAGGCGCAGCUCGAUCAGUUCAACUAUAUCUUGGUGUGCGGCGAAAGCGAAAAAGCGAACGAAACGGUGAACGUGCGCACGCGUGAUAACAAGGUCCACGUCAUAAUCAGGGGAGAAACUGCGAUCACUAGGUUUCGAAAGACUUAG